AUGAACUCGACCGAGAGCAACGCUCCUCCGGCGGCAGCCACAGAUGCAGUGCUGGUGGUUUCCGAGGAAAUGCCUGAGGGGGCACAGAAGGUUCAAGAAUUGGAUUUCGAUGACCUAGAUGGCGAUAUCACAGCCGACGAUUUGUUGCGCGGCAUGCGAUACAUGGGUUUUCAGGCAACAUCUCUCGCAGACGCCAUCAGGAUCAUCAAUGACAUGGGGGCGUUGAGGAGGAUUUCAUCAAGUGUCUGGGCGACACAUACAUGUCUUCCUUUUUCUGAAUCAGGCGCGGGACUGCGGAAAAAGGGGCUGAAUCGUAUCGGAAACCUCGUCGUGCCGAACUCCAACUACCGCGAGUUUGAGGACUGGGUCGUGCCCAUUUUCGACAAGAUGCUCGAGGAACAGGAAGCCAGCAAAGGGUCCGAGGAAGAAAUCAGCUGGACCCCGUCCAAGAUGAUCAACCGCCUCGGCAAGGAGAUCAACGAUGAGCGAUCCGUCUAUUACUGGGCCUGGAAGAACGAUAUUCCCGUCUUCUGCCCCGCGCUGACAGACGGUAGCCUGGGCGACAUGCUUUACUUUCACACUUUCAAGACAUCUCCGCAGCAGUUGAAAUGCGAUAUUGUGGAGGACAUUCGCAAGAUCAACACCAUCUCGGUCCGCGCCAAGCGUGCUGGCAUGAUCAUCCUCGGCGGCGGCGUCAUCAAGCAUCACAUUGCAAAUGCCUGUCUUAUGCGCAAUGGCGCCGAGUCUGCCGUAUACAUCAAUACCGGCCAGGAGUUCGACGGCAGCGAUGCCGGUGCCAGGCCCGACGAGGCUGUAUCCUGGGGCAAGAUCAAGGUCGGCGCAGAUGCUGUCAAGCACUUGUUCCUGGCUUCGCGGUCGUCCGGUUUCUACAUAGCUCCGGCUUCGGCUCGCAAUCCGAUCCAAACGCUCUCACCUCCUGCAGGAACCUCACAUGAUUUCGGGCCUCGGCUCCUGCUAUCAGAUUACAUGCUGUCCAGGGAGGCGAAGCGUAGCUUACGGAAAACCUUCUUCGCCGCCUUGAAUCAGCCGGCCAUCACUGCGUUGAACGUCUUGCGACGGAUCGACUCGAAGUGA